GACCGCAGCAAGGAUGACGGUCCGGACGGACUGAUAUCCUUUCAUCUCCCAUCCUCCCAGCAUGAUGCAAAUAAGAGGCUGAUAGGAAACUUGACCUUCUGCCAAGAAACACCUUCUCUCCACUGCCCUCAAGAAGGCAGCUGAUCCCACGUGCCAGGACGAUGGAGCCAAGCUUGCUGAUGUGGGGAAUCUCCACCUUCAUCACAGUAUCUGGCCACAUGACAGGCCUCUUUUUCUCGGCAGACCUUUGUGAUGACAGCCCGCCGAGCCUCAAGCACGCCGCGUACAAAGCCCUCGAGUACAGGACCGGCACGAUGCUAACUUGUGGAUGUGAGAGAGGCUUCCGCAGGCUAAACAGCGUCAUGCGUUGUGCAGGAAACUCCAGCCACGCUUCCUGGCAGAACAAAUGCCAAUGCGUCAGCACAUCCUCCAAGAGAACAGAAAGACAAGUCACUCCCAAACCCGAGGAAGAGAAGGCAAUGCAGAGCCUAACGCUGCCCGGGGACCAAGGGAACCUUCCAGGUCACUGCAGGGAGCCUCCUUCCUGGGACCACGAAGAUUCAGAGAGAAUCUACCACUUUGUGGUGGGGCAGACGGUUCACUACCAGUGUGCGCCGGGAUUCAGGGCCCUGCGGAGAGGUUCUGCCCAGAGCGUCUGCAAAACCGUCUCAGGGAAGACCCAGUGGACGCGGCCCCAGCUCAAGUGCAUAAGUGACAGAGAGGAUGGUCAGUUCCCAGCAGAUGACGAAGACGAGCCUGAAGCAAGCACCCUCGCGCUCCCUGGGAGAGACACUUCCCGUCCCUUGAUGACAGCAGGUACUACAGAUUCCCACAAGCACACAGAAGUGGCUACCACGAUGGAGUCCUUCCUGUUCACCUCCGAGUACCAGAUAGCAGUGGCCGGCUGUGUUCUCCUCCUGGUCAGCGUCCUCCUCCUGAGCGGGCUCACCUGGCAGCGGAGAUGGAGGAAGAGCAGAAGAACAAUCUAGAAAACUGGGAGUGGUAAGAAGCCAAGGACAGCUCACAGAAGUCGUGGAGCCCAAGCAAAUUCAAACAAGUCGAACGCUCGGCCAAGAGGCAUCUCCUGGGACCUCUUGGGUUUUGGAAAACUCUGCCGUCGCAUGCUGACCCACCGGACCACUGCAAACUCAGGACACAGCCAGCUCCGUAGUACCAACGAGUGGACCCGACCGGCUUCUGGGCAGCAGAUCCAGGGUCACUGGAGGAACAGGAAGCAACAGCCGGAACUGUGGGUCUUAUUUUCGCGUCGGCGUGGUCAUUCAAGCUUGAACAGCAUGAGACUCUCCACACCAUACACAGUACAGAGAAAAGUAGCUUCGUGUUAAUUUCACCCUAACUUCCCAGUUUAGGAAAACCCUAGCACGAAUGUAAAUAGACACACACACACAGUCCCCUCCCUAUGGAACUGGGGGAUGGACGCAGAUCCUUCCCGGCCGCUGGUUGAUUAGCCCAUUCUCCAGGCCAUGUCCUGUAAUGAACUCGGAAUCUUUUUGUCCUUGGCUCAGUCCUCUAAACUAGCCCCCUUCCACGGAACCUUCAAUCUGAAUUUCUAAACAGAAGCCACAGCAGCACUCUUUGGGUAACACUGACAGAGGGCAACCUCUGGGGAUCCCAUAGCUUUGGCAUUUAGGAUUAUUUACUGGAGGUACGCUGGGAAAAGACAGGAAAACUAAGUCCAAGGUAACGAACUGUGCCUAAUAAAAAGCUCUAUGUGUACCUUACUAACACGCCCCCUCCAGAGUUAGUUUCUGUGGGAUUGUGUUAAGUGAUGAUCUGAAUUGGGUCUGUACCAAUGUGAUGUUCACAGACACAUCACAUGCAAAUGCCUACAUUUUCCAAUCAGCAUCGUAAAAGCACUGAUAAAGGACGGAAGAGCACUGAUAAAGGAUCACUGCAUUUGAUGUUUAGGGAUGGAAGGAAGAAGGAAGUGUGGUGCAGGGAGGGUGAUCCCACAGACAGAAGGUAACCUGGAAAAGGUCACUCCUUAGUAGCCAUCAAACUGUUAGCAACGCAGUUAGCAAAUCAGAUUUACCUGGAGGCCAGGUUGAGGGUGGGCAGGGGGGGUGCAUCUGCGGGUCUCUGAGUCAGCAGUUGCCGGCCGAGGACUUACACUGGUAAAAAGUUCCAGGUGAUGCCACUGAGGCUGGUCUUGAGACCACACUUUGAGAACCUCUGGGUUCUAGGCCUCCGUGCCCAUCCACUCGCAUAAAUCACGUGAUUAAGGAGACUAAUGAAAGGUUAAAACCAGCCCGUUUGCAUUUCUGAAUUCAGGCCAGAAAAGUGUUAUUUUUAAAAUGGACAGGCAUCAGCAGGUCCAUAUCCAGAUGAAAGAACCAUUUUCUGCCCUGUCUGUGACUAACCAGGUACAAUGCCCAUUCCAGUGUCCACUUCCCCAUGCCCCCAAGUACAUGUUUUCUGGGUUGAGAGGAAUCUCAGACCAGAAAAAAAAAAAUUUUUUUUAGUGUUACUUCUCUUGAGUAAAAUUGAACUGAAUUAUCAUGACUCACUGGGGGGGUGGUGCAUGAGAACAAAUGUCUUAAAUAAUAAUUAAGAUGUUAUUUACCUUCUUCAUGCUCAUUCUAAGUGUAUGGUGGAGUUUCCAAAAACUACAUGUUAUGUGAUGAUGUCAUCUCUCUGAUGUUAACACGUAAUGAGUUUAUUACCAUUGUUUAUGAGAGAACUAAUAAA